CAUGCAAAACAAUAAUAUUAAUUAUUAAUAACAAAGUUUCAAGUUAUUGAUUGGGUGUGAAGGCCACUAUGUCCAAACUUGAUAAAAAAUAGGCUCAUUCAUUCAUGGUUUUGCCUUGUCCUUUAAUAAACUGGGUAGCAUUUGUAGCUCUUGUAUUUUCUUCUUUAAAAUGUCGACUCAAGCAGGAGGGGCCUUAUUUAAAGUAGGGUACUUUUUCUACUCAAAGACAAGACUGGGAUAUUAUUACCACAAAAGGAACAUUGAAAAAGCCAAAUCACUGUUUACUGAUGGCCACUCAGUAACCAAACCACACGAAUACAAUGGUCUGCGAAUCGUUCCGAUUGCACUUAUAGAAGAUAAUUAUUCCUAUCUGGUAAUUGAUCAAGAAUCCAAGAUAGCUGCUGCUGUAGAUCCAUCUGACGCAACCGCUGUACAAGCAGUUAUUGAUUCUGAGGGUGUGGAAUUAAAGGCAAUUUUGACAACACAUAAACACUGGUAAGGUUAGAUAUUUUAUUAUUUUAUUGUAUUAUAUAGAAUUGUAUCAAUACUCUCAAACAGGAUGUGUAAAAUCAGGCCUUUGGCA